AUGGUCAUUGUCCAAAGUAGAUCGUCAUACACCAUCGGACUCAGCCAUUGCACCUCUUUCACUGAUAGGCUCUACCCCAACCAAGACCCAACCAUGGACGACUCCUUAGCUGAGGACCUCAAAGGCAUUUGUCCCACUGCGAAUACCACCGCCACCACUAUGAUGGACAUCCGAACUCCAAACAAAUUCGCCAACAAGUACUACAUUGGACUCGUGAACCGACAAGGCCUCUUCACGUCCGACCAAGACUUGUACAUGGACAGUAGGACUCGCGACAUUGUCACCAGCUUCGCUGAUGAUCAGACCCUUUUCUUCGACCAGUUUGCGCUUUCCAUGAUAAAGAUGGGGCAGUUGAGUGUGUUGACUGGCAGAAAAGGAGAAGUUCGUGCAAAUUGCUCCAUUAGGAAUUCCGAUAAUCAUUCAUAUCUCACGUAUAUGGUGGAAGAUGAUGAGGAAUCUAAGUCAGAGCUUCGGUAAGGAAUUCGGA